UGAGAAUUGAAAGUCUAUUCACAAGUAAUUGAAACACAAAAAUGAAUACCAUUUUAAUUGUUCUGUUGAGUGUUUGCAUUGGUUUGAGUUCGCAGUCCCUUUGGAAAAGUCCCAUUAAAAGUGCCGUUAAAAGUGCCGUUAAUAUCUCCAAUAACACUGGAAAAGCAGCUGGAAAUGGCCAGGAUUAUUGCAAAAUCUCGUCAGCCCUGGUACUCGAGAACUUCCUCGAUGUUGAGAACUAUAACUGUGAAUCGGGAUCAUAUAUAACCCAAAUCGCGAUCAAUAAAACCCUUAGCAAACCAUUUGCGUGCUAUGCGUACGCGGGGUUUACGAGCAAUAUUACCUUCGAUGCCUAUAAGGGUGACCUAUCGGUGCCCUUAUGGUCGCCACAACAUCAGGAAAUCUUUAGCACUAAUAAUGGCAACUUUGAGUACAUGGAGUGCGGAGUGCUAUCUGGCGGUCCCUGCGAUGGCGACACCAUUUGGAACACCGGCUUAUGGAUGGCCACUGACCAGAGCGGGUGCGGCAGUAGUACCGGCCUUAUAAAGGCAACUUUGAGUACAUGGAGUGCGGAGUGCUAUCUGGCGAGCGGGUGCGGCAGUAGUACCGGCCUUAAGGGCCUAAAGGGAUUGUACGCGCAGUUUGAAAUCAUAGGCAAAUGUGCGUCCAAAUGUACCUUGGUCAACGGGGAACUUACGGCCAGUACACCCAUAACCAACAACGGCUCGGCUGCUUAA